AUGGAAAACAUUACCAUCAACAUCGAGGCUAGUGAUAAAACCAUCUUGAAGAAAACAUCUCGUUCAAGCAGUAUAUCAAGCAACUCUACAAUGAACACGACCUCUACCAAAAUAUUAAAAUCAGACAUAUCACCAUCUUCUAUGAUAUUCAGAAACUUGUUGAUAUUAGAAGAUGAUUUAAGAAGACAAUACAAACAACAAGUUAUAUUGAAAUACGAAUUCACAUGUUUUCUAAGUACAUUGACUGGGUUUGCGGGAUUUGCAUUCUAUCAUUUAUACAUUAUUGGUAAUUAUACUAAUUUUUACUAUCAAUUUAUUUUAUGUUUUAUAUUAAUAACUAUUGCACUAUUUCAUUUGAGUGGAGAAUAUAGAAGAACUAUUGUAAUACCUAGAAAGUUUUUUUCUUUCACAAAUAAGGGAUUGAGGCAAUUUAAUACCAAAUUGGUUAAGAAUUAUUACACAUUGCAGCAUUUCAUUUAUAACACAAUAUUAGUUGAGAAAUUGAUUGAUAUCUUGCUAAGUUUAAACAUAUCGAUCAUCAAUAAGCUAAUGGCAAUAGCGAACGACAGUUAUACUUUGAAUAGCGAUACAGAUAAUAACAGCGGCAUUGUUACCGGUGCCACCGAUUCCAAGGGGAACAACAACGUGCUUAAAAGGGUAGCAAUUAAAAUAAGUAAACAUGUGGAUUUUACAUUACAAAAAAGAAAGAUAUGGUUUCAAACCAAUUUACAAAACGAUGUUAAGUUAAUUCUCAACCCAAGAGCUUUUAGCAAUGAAAUCAGAGAAGGAUGGGAGCUUUAUAGAGACGAGUUCUGGGCAAGAGAAAGACAAAGAAGAUACAAAAGAUUAUGUGAAAGGAUGGAAAAGUUGUGA